GAGAGGAGGGAGGAGGAAGAGGAGGAGGAGAAGGGGAAAGAUAAAGCUCACCGAACGUUAGCGUGUUAUUUUAUAUCGGCAGUGCUUCUACGAGUGCGGUUGUGCGAGACGCAACCCUGACACAUUGGAAUUUCAAGAACACAAUCAUAACAAUAACAACAUCAAUAGCAACAACGACACAACGACAACAACAACAACAACAUCAACAGCAACAACGACAACACAGCGAUAACAUCAGCAGCAGCAGUAAUAGGACAUGACAAGAGUGAUUGUUGAAGUGACGAAGAAGUAAAAAAGAGAAAAAAAGAUAAAUUAAAAACGAAAAAGAAAGAAAAAGGAAGAGAAACGACAGAAAAGAGAGAGAAUUAGUAAGACACAGAUCGCGAAGCUAAAAAACUAAAAAAAGAAAAAACAAAGAUGGUGCAAUUGAAAGAGUUUACCAUAGAAGAAGUACAGAAGACAAAGGGUACUGGAAAAGUAGUAAUAAUUCUACACGACAAGGUCUACGAUGUUACAGAAUUUUUGAACGAACAUCCAGGCGGUGAAGAGAUUCUUAUCGAUCAUGCGGGAAAAGAUGGUACAGAAAAUUUCAAUGACGUCGGCCAUUCUCAAGAUGCUCUUGAUCUAAUGAAUAAAUAUAAGAUAGGCGAACUCAUAGAAUCACAGAGAACUAAUAAGCCUUUAAAAAAAGGUUGGGUCGCCGGUUAUAAUAACAAACAACCAGAAAAUGAAAAAUAUGUUAAGGGACCAGGAGCGCCAUUUUAUACCCUAAUCGCCGCCAUUAUGCUUUUAGCUGCCAUUAUAUUUUACAAUAUGUCAUGAUUAUCGUAAGAUAAAAACGAUAACGAUUAAUUAAUAUCAUUACCAUAAUCAUCAUUAUCAUUAUCAUUAUUAAUAUCAUGAUUUAGCGAUUCAUGUUUGUAUAAAUAAAAAGAGAAUAAAAUAACAAAAAAAAAAAAAGAGAAAAGAAAAAUAAUUUUAGUAUGUUUUAGCAAAGAAUUCUGCAUUGUUGCAAUCGAAAAAAAUCAUUUUAACACACACGCGUGCGCGAUAUGUAUAUACAUAUACACACAUGACAUAUAUAUAUAUAUAUAUAUAUAUAUACACGCAGCUAUUUUAAAAUCGUUUCGUAUCACUUAUAAUCAAUAAUAUACAAACGUAUUAUGUAUGUACCUGUAAGUAAAAAAGGGGUAAUUUACGAUGAAUAUGUCUAAGUAUGAGUUAGUUUUUUCUUUCUUUUUUGUUGUGUUCAUAAUUAUUCUUUAAGUGUUUAUAGUGUUUCUUUAAGUCAUUACAAAAUUGACUACUAUAAAUUAGAUACAUGCAUAGGUUGUAAGAAAUAAAUCUACUAUUAUGAAAAAUGGUGAUUGGACAGUUUUACUGUCUUGUACAGCUGACUGUUGUUGGUAACGAAUACGUUAUUUAUCAUUUCGUCCAUUAAAAUUACACGAUAGGAUGACUUCUAUCUACCCUCUCUUUCUCUUUGUCAAUUAUCCUUAUGUAUAUGCAUACAUACAUAUAUGUAUGUAUAUAUGUAUGUACGCACAGGAGUAUAUAUAUAUAUAUAUAUAUAUACUCAUAUUUACACUACACAUACAAUAUAAAUGUAGUAAUUCAUUAGAAGACAAAGAGAACAAAAAAGAAACGAAGUUGAAAACGUUCAACAGUUUAAAAAAAAAUCUCUUACCAUGAUCGAUGAAAUGACAUAUAACUAAUUUGUGUGUGGGUGGAAGUAUGAGAGAGAAAGAGAAAAAGAGAGAGAGAGAGAGAGAGAGAGAGAGAGAGAGAGAGAGAGAGAGAGAGAGAGAGAGAGAGAGAGAGAGAGGGUAAAAUUGGACGUAUGUACGUUAACGAAGACGAACGGUCCCUCGUCGUAGCUAGCCAUGUGUACAAAUUUAACAACCAACAGGGAAUUUCGCGAAGAAAAAAGAAAGAAAAAAGAAAGAAAAAAGAAAGAAGAAAAAAGACUAGUUAGAGAGAAGAGAAAUGACGAAAUCGUUUCGACGAUGAGAAAUUCCUUUCCAGACAUGUACACGGCGGAAAUUUCAAAUAUUUCGAGAUAUGAACAAAUUUAAAUAGAAUUUUUGAAUUUUCCGCUUUUUUGUACCAAAGCUAGUAAAAUCGUACUCAACAACAUCUCUCUACAUUUUUUUCCUUAUCAAGUAAUGAUAACAAUGAAUAAUAGCCUAAUAAAAAAAAAAUAUUAA